CCUUCAACCAAUAGCCUUUCCCACCCCAUUAAAACCCCGCCCCUUGGCCCCACCGCGCAGGCGCGGAGGGGAAGCUUCUGGACGGGCGCGGUGCAUUGUGGGGAGGGACCGUUAGCAACAGGGCUGCCGCCAAGAUGAUGGUGAGUGAAUGAAUCGGCGCUUGUCGGGUGGGGGAGCCGCGCUUAUCCGCCGCCAUCCGCCGCCAGGACGGGCCCACUCCCCUCAGCGGCGGUUCCCCGGCCCUCAGGAAAGCCUGGCCUGCGAGGACGGGGCGGUAUUGGCGGGGUCCGGGGCAGCUGAGCGGCCGGAGCUGCCCGGGGGCGAGCCUGCGAGGCCGCGGCUUCCUCGUCGCUUGUGAGGCCAGGCCGGGCUUUCUUCCGCGGCCAGGGUCCGCGGAAAGCCUCUGGGACUACCAGUUCCGUCAGGCCGUUCGGGAGCCGGCUCCUCUGAAGGGGAGGCAGGAGUCCGCGCGGGGCGUUCUGGGAGUUGUAGUCCCGCGAAUCGCAUGGCGCUGUCCCGCCUUGCCGGCCCUUAGGAGUUGCUUUGUAUGAGCCAGGGCCGGAUUGAGGUUUGAUGAGGCCCUCAGCUCCUGAAGGUAAUGGGGCCCUUUCUAUGUCCAGCUGUCCUUCGUCAACAGCAAACUUUCGCUGUUUUUUGUGUUGAAUAUAUGCUAUAUAGUCAUAAUAAUUUAUUAUUUAUAUCUUGCCUAUCUGACUGGGUUUCCCCAGCCAUAUUUCCCCAACAAUAUUUACAAAUGGUUUCUAGCCAGGCCUGGCUAGUUCCCUCCAGGUGUUUUUUUACCAGAACUCCCCCAUCAUGGGAGUUGGAGUUCCAAAGAUCUGGAAGGCACCAGGUUGGCAAAGGCUCAUGUAAACAGUCCCAGCCACUGGGCAUAAUAAUAAUAAUAAUAAUAGUUUAUGAUUUAUACCACGCCCAUCUGGCUGAGUUUCCCCAGCCACUCUGGGCGGCUUCCAACAGAACACUAAACUACAAUAACCUAUUAAACAUUAAAAGCUUCCCUGAACAGGGCUGCCUUCAGAUGUUUUCUAAAAGUCUGGUAGUAGUUGUUCUCUUUGACAUCUGGUGGGAGGGCGUUCCACAGGGCGGGCGCCACUACAGAGAAGGCCCUCUGCCUGGAUCCUUGUAAUCUCACUUCUCGUAAUGAGGGAACCGCCAGAAGGCCCUCAGAGCUGGACCUCAGUGUCCAGGCAGAACGAUGGAGGUGGAGACGCUCCUUCAGGUAUACUGGACCGAGGCCGUUUAGGGCUUUAAAGGUCAGCACCAACACUUUGAAUUGUGCUCGGAAACGUACUGGGAGCCAAUGUAGAUCUUUCAAGACCGGUGUUAUAUGGUCUCAGUGGCCACUCCCAGUCACCAGUCUGGCUGCUGCGUUCUGGAUUAGUUGUAGUUUCCGGGUCACCUUCAAAGGUAGCCCCACGUAGAGCGCAUUGCAGUAGUCCAAGCGAGAGAUAACUAGAGCAUGCACCAAUCUUGCGAGGCAGUCCGCAAGGAGGGAGUGUCUCAGCCUGCGUACCAGAUGGAGCUGGUAAACAGCUGCCCUGGACACACAAUUGACCUGUACCUCCAUGGUCAGCUGAGUCCAAAAUGAGUCCCAGGCUGCGCACCUGGUCCUUCAGGGACACAGUUACCCCAUUCAGGACCAGGGAGUCCUCCACACCUGCCCGCCCCCUGUCCCCCAAGAACAGUACUCCUGUCUUGUCAGGAUUCAACCUCAGUCUGUUAGCCGCCAUAUAUGGUAAUCUAAGGACCUGAUGGGUGUCUAAAGCCAUUUUCACAUAACAAAAUAUGUAUAUUAUCAAAGUAAUUGUUGAACUGAAAUACAAUUUUUAUAUUUUGGAAAUGUACAUCCAUUUUUUUCCUUUAAAUUUUUGGGCCCCCCCAAGAGAGUGGGGCCCUAAGCUAUAGCUUAUUUAGCUUAUACGUAAAUCCGGCACUGGUAUGAGAGGGCAGGUGCCGGCUUGGUGGCCCUCGCUGCCUCCUGUGGGAGGGAGUUCCAUAGCUGAACUCAGCACUGCAUGAAUAAUAACAACAUUUCAGGGGGUUGGGCUAGAUGACCAGCGUGGUCCCUUCCAGUGUUAGAAACUGAGAUAUGAAAGCUAGGAGCUAAAUGGCACCUUAGACCUAGGUUACGGGUACAACAACUGAAUGUCUAGGUGCACUUUUUGAAUAACAAGAAUGCAAAGCUGAAAAUGAAUGAACUGCAGCUAAAAUAUUAUGCUUUAGUCCUUCCCUUGCCCACCUCCUUGAUAUUCUUCAGAGGGUCUCUUUUCCAGUCUUCUGAGAGUAGCUGCAAGUGAGGAGGCAGAAAAUGGUCCUCCUUUCCUUCCACUCUGCAGUUUUAAUCUGAAAUCAUGCGCCCAGAGCUCAGAAACUGCUUCCGCUAAUGAAAUUCCCUGUCGCAAAAUGCGCCGAGAAUAGUGGGAGUUUUGAACACUGGUCCCUUCCAACUCUGCAAUUCUGUGAGUCUGUGAAUCCUCCCAGUGGGGUUCUCACAGGUAUCUGGUCAGCCGCUGUGAGAAGAGAAUGCUGGACUACAUGGGCCAUUGGCCUGAUCCAACAGAGCUCUUUUUACAUUAGGGGACUGGAGGUUCCCCAACACUGGCUUGGUUAGCUUAAGCUGUAUGGCAGAGACAAUGUCCUCUUCUGCUUCUGUAAUGGGCAGAAAGGGCCCUGCUUUCCUUCGUCGCAGCUGCCCCAUAAAUCUUGCAUGCUGGGCGGUGCCUUCUCUGCAGUCCUUGUAGUUGCAUGGUGCCUUUACCGUGGCUUGCUCCCAGGUUCAUGCACAUAGGAUUGCAGGGCCAGGUCAUCAAAAGAGAAUGGUGGUGAUUAUAUUUGUAUUGCCUUUUUCCCAGACCAGAAUUCAAGAACUUAAAUCUGUAAGCUGCCUUGCAAGACUUACCUGUAACAUAGAAAACAUAAUAAUUAAAAAGUAGUUAAAUACGAAUAGAAUUUUAAAAGCGUAUAAAAAGAAUUGAUUAAAAUAUAAAUAACAACAACAACAGGACGCUGUGUCCAACCCAAACUGAUCAUUUGCUUCUGUCUCUGAGGUGGUGCAGAGUGCACCUGAGCCGUUAAAAAGUGCCUAUGAAUGUUCUGUCACAUCAUGCCGGCUUGGCCAGCGACUUGCGUUGGGCUUGUGGGUGGUAGUUCUUGGCGCCUUGUGGAUCCCAACAAAUGCAUUCCUGAAGCAUUUAAGGGUGGAAUCUGCUCUCCAAUUCAGCUGUUUCCUGCUUUAGAGUUUCUGCAUCUGUGUAUAGGAAGUCUGGCUAACAAUGCUGAUUUUUCUAGUGAAAAUAUUGUGUUGUGCUGUUCGGCGCUGCCUUUUCAGGACAAAAAAACUUUGGUUACUGUCCUGGAGGGUCUUUUGUCAGACCGUUUGUUUUACUUGCAGCCCACGCCUGUUAUCUUACUGAAGGAAGGCACAGACACUUCCCAGGGGGUCCCUCAGCUUGUGAGUAACAUCAAUGCCUGCCAAGUCAUCGCAGAGGCCGUCCGGACCACUCUCGGCCCUCGGGGCAUGGACAAGCUCAUUGUUGAUGACAGAGGUGAGCCUGCUGCCAUCUGUGAACUUGAGUUGCUCUGCCUCUGGUGUCUCUGCAUGGCAACCUUUCUCUAGUUACUCUCUAGCCAUCUUAAUCAGUCAGUGGCACAGGUCUUUGGGGAGGUUUUGUCCUACAAAGAAAUGGCAGGUGACAUUGAAGGGAGGGGGAUGAGCAACUGUCCAUGUGUCACUGUCCAUUUUGAAGACAGAAGACCCCCCCAGCCAUUGUUCACCUGAGACUGGAAUACUGGACAAGGAUAACUAUGUGAAAGAGUAACCCUUCAUAUCAAGAUGUUUUGGAAAUUUCCUGUACAGUGGUACCUCGGGUUACACACACUUUAGGUUACAGACUCUGCUAACCCAGAAAUAGUACCUCGGGUUAAGAACUUUGCUUCAGGAUGAGAACAGAAAUCGUGCUCUGGCGGCGUGGCGGCUCCAUUAGCUAAAGUGGUACCUCAGGUUAAGAACAGUUUCAGAUUAAGAACAGACCUCCGGAACAAAUUAAAUUCUUAAUCCAAGGUACCACUGUACAUCUUUGCUACCUAACUUUUUUGUUAAUGUGAAGACCCUAAAGAUACUGAUUUCCCUGAAUCCAGAGUGUGGCAUGGUCAUCUUCACGGGUGCAGUGGCACCCUUGAGGUCUUACCUGGCUCCCACAAUGCCUCUGACCCUGUCCUGAUCAUGAAAGGGCAAGGUGACUUUAUUUCUGGAACCUCUUUAGUUGCCACUUACUGCAGAAUUUUUAGUAAGUCCAAAUGUACCAGUGUGUGUAGUCGCAGGGCCUCCUCCAUCUAUGGGAGGCAAAGACCUAUGCUAACUACCUGAGUGCCUGGUUGGAAUGGAAGUAUUUGUUGUGAUUCUCCUUCAGCAGCGGGAUCACCCCCCCCCUUCAUGGUUUGCUAGGGAAUGAGUUGCCACAUCCUUCUGGGCAGCUUGUCAUCUGAUUUGGUAUCACACUCUGUCAAGGCAUAAGCUGGUAAAGUCUGUUUGAAGCUCAAUGUAAAGCCAUGGAGAUUUGCCACUUUCUGAGCUCCAGAGAAGGGCAAGGGCUUGCACUUAAACAUCUAGGGGCGUCAGUUUGCUAGCAGGCCCAGUAUGGGAAUGGAAGCUAUGUGGUGGCUUCUCCCCUUCCUCCCACCUUGUUCUGGGUCUUGGAAUUGCAUGGAGUGCCUCUGAAGCUCACUGUGUGGUCACAGGAAAGCCUCUCUGCCCUCUUUGGGGGACUGGAUGGGUUGGAGGUUAGCACAAUAUUUGGAUGGCUUCCAUGCCAAAAUGUGUGGCCUUAUGGGAGGAGACUACUGAAGAGGGAGGGCGGUUGCCUCUAGGAAACCCACAGGAAGUUUCUGACGUUAUCUGGCAGAGCACGGCUGAUAACAAAGUGCUGGACUAGGUGGGACUCUCCUUGGUCUGAUCCUGUAGGGCUCAUCUUUCUCUUCCUAACUUCAGAGUCCUGAUUGACCUGCUCAGAUGUUGCAGGUGCAUCUGGUUGGGAUGCUUAGAACAACCCCCUGCAGUGCAGGAAUCAACUUUGUUCCUGAACUUUGUCUCUGUUAAUCUUUGCAGGCAAAGCAACCAUUUCUAAUGAUGGCGCCACCAUCCUGAAGCUUCUUGAUGUGAUACACCCUGCUGCAAAGACACUUGUGGACAUCGCCAAGUCACAGGAUGCGGAGGUGGGUGUGGGAGGUUUGAUAGUUUUCAGUGGUAGGUAGAUGUUGGUACUCCUGCUCGUGCCUGUGUCUUCUGAGCUUUACAACAUCUGUAGCUGGGAUCCAACGUCUCUUUCUCUGUCACAGUGGCAAGCUGCCAUUGAUUUUUCUAGCGCCCCAUCUUGUGGUAAUCCACAGAUCCGCUCCUUUGAAGGGUGAUGGGAGAGUUUUGUGCCAGAUGUUGGAUUUGUAGCGCUUGUGAUUUUGGACAAGAGAUGGCAGGGCGAGGUGGAUAGAAUGGGGUGCAAUUUACUCCGUGGAAAGUUGGGGCACUUGCCGCUGCUUUGUGAACUUCCCUUCGCAGAGAUUUCUGGUUUUCAGGCACACGUCAUUUUUCCUUCUCUUUUCCUGCAGGUUGGUGAUGGCACCACUUCUGUUACACUUCUAGCUGCUGAAUUCCUAAAGCAAAUCAAGCCCUAUGUGGAAGAAGGGCUGCAUCCCCAGAUCAUCAUCCGUGCCUUCCGCACUGCAACCCAGCUGGUAAGGGAAUCUGUUGCACCCUGCCUUCCUUUGUGGAAGCUCUUUUGCACCUGGGGAGUGAAGGAACAAGAAACAAUAUUUACAAAUGGGUUCUAGUCAGGCCUGGCUAGUGCCCUCCAGGUGGUUUUUACCAGACCUCCCCCAUCAUGGGAGUUCCAAACAUCUGGAGGGCACCACGUUGGCAAAGGCUCAUUCAAACAGUCCCAGCCACUGGGCAUUAUGCACCUCUGAGCUGAGUGUAGUAAUAAUAAUAAUCAGUUUACAGUUAUACCCAAAUUAAAAUAACCACCACCCCAACUAGACAUUUAAAAAAAAUAUUUUUAUUAAGCAAAUUUAACAAAUCAGUUUAUAAAUCAAAUAUAACCUAUUACAUUUUUCCCUCCCUCUCCCACCCUCCAGAGACUUCCCUCAGCUCCCCUCUCUGAUUUGUUCAUACAUAUUCUCUGCAUGUUGUAAAGUUGUACAUAUCAUUACCUUAUCUGUCAUAUGUUCUACUACUAAAUUUGUGGAUGUUUAUUCAAAACCUGCCAAGGAGUCCAAAUCCUUUUGCUGUCUUUUUAAAUAGUUUAUAAAUAGUUCCCAUUCUUCCUUGAAGUCAUGGUUGUCCUCCUCACGCAGUUUAUGUAUUAACUUUGCCAUCUCCGCAUAACUCAUCAGUUUUUCUUGCCAUUUUUCUUUCGUUGGGACUUCCUCAUUCUUCCAUCCUUGUGCUAACAAGACUCUUGCCGCUGUUGCAGCAUACGUAAAUAAGUUCUAUGUUUUUCUUGUCCUAAAAUCCCUAACAAAAAUGCUUCUGGUUUGGUUUUUUUUUUUACAAAAGUUAGUUUGAACAUUUUUUUCAAUUCAUUGUAUAUAAUCUCCCAAUUUUUUAAACUUCUCUACAUACCACAUAUGAUACAAAGUACCUUAUUUUUCUUUACAUUUCCAACUUAUAUUUGAGCCAGUUUUAUACAUUCUUUACCACCUCAACUAAACAUUUAACCAACCCAACAAAAACAAAAUGGGACCCAAAAUUAAAACCGUUUAAAACCUUUAAAAACAUUUUAGCCAGUUGCCCCAACCCAAGAGUUGUUCCAGCAAUGUCCCUCCGGCCUCCCAGUAACCCUCUUGCAUCUCCAGUGGUGUUAUAAGACUGCCAUCUGCUGUGGUGCCUAUCACACCAAACACUUCUUGGGGCAGAGACUCACACUAAUCCUGUUUACGUGGAACCUGGAAUCAAAUACAUGCCUUUAAGGCAGACCAUUGUCCCACUUCUGUGCUUCCACCUCCUUCUUGCUUUGACAACAAGUAGUAAUAAAGUCAAAAUACGUAACUCAAGAUGGCAAUAGGACACCAUGCUUGUGUCCAUGUUGGUGAGGCUGACACAGAAAGGGGUUGCCGUAAAUCAUCCAUAGGCAAACUCCAGCCCUCCAGGUGUUUGGGACUACAAUUCCCAUCAUCCCUGACCACUGGUCCUGUUAGCUAUGGAUGAUGGGAAUUGUAGUCCCAAACAUCUGGAGGGCCGGAGUUUGCCUAUGCCUGCCGUAAAUGGUGCAGACUUCAGGCUGGGUAAUUGCACAUGGCAGCUGAAUCAUCGCUGCACUGGCGCAGGAGUUUGGCAGGGGUUGAGAGCAAAGUCUUAAUUCUGGUUCUUGCUUUGUUUUGGCAGGCAGUGAAUAAGAUCAGGAAGAUUGCCGUUACGAUCAAGAAGACCGACCAAGAGUAAGUUUCCUCCAUGCCUCAAUUGGAAAGGUUAAAUCCACAACCUCCCUUCAUUGCUGGCUCAGUUGGGUGCAUGUUUUUAUUGACGCUCUGCACAGAUGUGUGCACCUACGUGUGUGCAAGUGGUUCUUAAAUGGAUUGGGUGCAUGCAGUGCCCCUCUACGGUUGGGGCAUUGGCAGCAUGUUUACUGCUCACGAAAUUUAAGUACCAUGGAUUCAGCAGUAAGCUCUGGAUGGAUAUAUUGCGGGGAAAAGCAGGAACGCAACAAAAUGGAAAACAACAUUGCAUUUCUGUGCACAUGUAUCCCUAUCAUGUAGCAAUAGGUAACUGGAAGCCUGGUGCAAAAUCUGCCCUCCCCCAAAGUCUUCCAGUAUAGCUCCUUAUCCCCCUCCAAUACAGUUUCAGGUUGAGAAAGGGCAGCUUACCCUUCACCCAUCUCAGUGGAAACAUCAGCAGAGGCCCUGCCAGAAUCCUCCCUUGUCUCUGUGUGAGACGUUCAGUCCAAGGCUCAUGCCCAGUCACAGACAUGACAGGAGGCAGUUGCCAUCAGAAAAGGAAACAUUGGAGCUUACAUGCGGGAUGGAGGGAGGAAUGGGCUUAAGCAACCCAUUUCCUGUGUUUUGUCUUAUAUGGGGCUUAGCUGAUGGGUAGAGCCAGUAUAGACCCAUCGCCACCUUGCUUAGUUUAGGAUACGAUUGGCAGCCAGGCUCUCCGUUGAUAAUGUUGUCCUUUGGAAAGUCUUUUCAAAAGUUUUGCUGUCUAAUCUUUGGAAAUGAAUGUUUGGAUAGCCCUAUUCAGGCUCUUAUUUUUUUUUACAAUCAUUCUUAAUCCCAACAUGAUUGAUGGAUGCAACUCCUGGGCAGGUGGAGGGCUGUGCAGUUGUUGUUUUUUAUGUAUACAGGGGGGAUAUGUUACCUUUCCUAGAAAAAAGCAGGCUAUGAAAAAAUAUUUGUGUAAGAAACAGCUGUUUGACAACUUCCCACCUUUUGCAAAUUGCAACAGCAAAAAUUUAAUGCACAGAACUUUAAUGCUGGUCUACAUCAGCCCUUUUUGACUGUUAUCCUCUAUGCAAUUAGAAUCAUGCGGAGGGAGAGAGGUGGGUCCUGUCCCUCCUGCGAUGCAUGUGCAGCUGGGUGUGGGGAAGGUGUGAGAAGGGGGACCUCGUUGCAUUGAGGGGGCUCCGCCUGUGGUUUAUCAUUGCUGUUAUCGAUUAUGUUUCUAUACUACGCUUCAGCUGAGGACCACAAGGCAGUUUGCAAUAUAAAAACACAAGAAUACGCACCGUAGUAGCAAACAAAAUUCAUACCACCCCCGCCACAGUUUAAAAGGUCAUAGGUGUUUUAAUUAGUCAAAGGCCCGGGAGUUUAGAAUCCCGAUUACACAGAGUUGUAAAUCAAAGGGAGGCCUCUGCAUAGGGCAAGCCUCCCCUUUUCACUCCUCCCCUCCAGUGCCCAGUCAGGAGGCACAGCUGAUGGGUUGGGUUAGUUGAUAGCUCAUUUCUGUUCUCCCCCCCCCCCACGCCCCAUGAUUAAUGAUUGCGUGGAGGACAUUGCCUGAGCUGAUAGAUUCCAGCUAAGAAGAUACAUGUUUUGGUGAUGCAAUUAAAUCUUCAGGCAAAUGCCAGUUAAUCUUUAAAUGAAGGAACUGUAAUUAACAACACUUCCAUAUAAUUGACUUCUUUUUUAAAAAAGAAGUGUUCUUCUUUGACGGGCAUGCUGUCUUUCCCAGGUGUUCAGAAACCAUGCCUGAUGGAAAUGUUACUUUCCGUAGGCAUUAUAUGAUGUCCAUAGUAGUUCACGAGAAGUAGCAAUAAGCAGGAAAGUUGUUCUUUUGCUUGUGCCCCCCCCCCCCGCACUACAGCCAGCGGCUGGCCUAAUGCGUAAAAACAGAAAGCGAUCCAUUUUCAAUGCAGUCGUGAGAAUCACUUAACUAAGUGCAGCAUUUCCUUUUUGUAGCCUAAUGAGCUCAUUUUAGACUUGCACUGUGUGUGUUGCUUCUUUAGCCUCGGGGCUGGCUAUUGCUCCAGAGUACUUAGAGAGCAGGCAAGAAAUGGCUCCAUCUUUUCCUUUUCUGCAGGGAGCUGCGGAGCCUGCUGGAGAAGUGUGCAAGCACAGCCUUGAGCUCAAAGCUGAUUUCCCACCAGAAAGAGUUCUUUGCCAAGAUGGUGGUGGAUGCCGUCAUGAUGCUGGACGAGUUGCUGCAGAUCAAAAUGAUUGGGAUCAAGAAGGUGCAGGGAGGAGCCCUGGAGGUAAAGUCCCUGGCCUCCUAAAGUUCCCUUUGGCUCAGAGGAAUCUAGGCUGGAAUUCCUUUCCAAGUGUAAAAAGGGUGGAGAACAUAAGAUGAGGCUGCUGGAUCAGGCCAGUGGCCUGUCUGGUUCUUGCCCUGGCCAACCAGGUGUCUGUGGGAAACCCUGCAAUCUGACCCUUCAAGACCGCUGUUCAGGUAGCGAGUUAACUGGGAGCUGCUGGCAAAGUCAGAGCAAUUGUAUUGGUUGCGCAACUGUAGGGACGGAGAAAGGGAAUGAUAGCAGAUCAUGGGAGUGCAAGGAGGAACAUGAAAGAGGAUAAAAUCGCUUUGGGUGGUGUCCAGUAAUAGAUGAUGAUGGUGAUGAUUAUACCACCCUUCAUCUGUAGAUCUCAGGGUGGUUCACAACAUAAAAAUAGAAGAUUAAAAACACAAAAUACAUAAUAAAAACAAGAACAACAGCCCCACUCCCCCACCCCAGAUUUCUUUAACAGGCCCAUCACUGCACAUCAUGUGACUUUCAAAAAUACUAUAUUUCUAUCUUUUCCUCCUCCUAAGAAGCCAGGCUGUUGUACUUAAAAAAGAAUAAUGAUCACAGAAUUUAUACAUUGCUUUAUUGUAAAAAACCUAAAGAUCAAUUACAAAAGUUAUAACCAAAAUCAAGAAAAAUUCAGUCAUACUUUAAAACAUGAAAGUUAAAAUACGGAAAUAGAUUAAAAUUACCUCAGCUUUCUAAGCAUCUAGGUAGUCUUGUCUAAACAAGAAUGUUUUUUUGCAGGCACCAGAAAGAGGACUGUGAAGGCCUUGCCUGCUUCAUAGAGCACACCCUUUGAAAUUAAUGGACAAGUCCAUUGACUUUGCAGGGUCUAUGGUACAAUUUAGUUGGAUGCACUAAGGCUGCAUGUAAUCCUGUAUGCAAUAAUCCUGUAUGCAUGUAAUUGAAAGUAAGCCCCAUUGAACUCAGCGAGGCUUCCUCUUGAGUAAACAAGUUCAAGACCUAAGUAGGAACCAACAGAGGGUUGCCUGCCAUCCGAGAGUGGGCGUGAGGAGUGAAAUGACCUUUCCUUUCCUGCAGGAUUCCCAAUUGGUGGCAGGUGUUGCCUUCAAGAAGACCUUCUCUUACGCCGGCUUUGAGAUGCAGCCCAAGAAGUAUGAGUCCCCCAGGAUCGCUCUGCUCAACAUUGAGCUGGAGCUGAAGGCAGAGAAGGACAAUGCUGAAGUCAGAGUCCACACUGUGCAGGUAAAGGCUCAGAACCGCUUGGGGAGAGAAGCUGUGAAAAUGUAACAUCUUGCAAAAAGAGCCGUGUGCUUUGCGGGGUAAUGUUCGACUUCCACAUUUGACCAAGUUGAUAGUUGGAACCUCAUUACCUAACCCAGAGCAUUCCAAGCUUUGUCACGAUAUGUUAAUGUGUUGGUUGCAGUGUAGGUUUGCUGCAUGAACACUCCCCACACACUUCCCGGGGCUGGUUUAAUCUGCGGUUUGCUAGUAAAACUGUGUCACGAAUGAUGCGUGUAUAAAAAGUGUCACCAACAUGAAAACUUUGGAAAGCUCUUCUAUAAGAAGCACCUCAGUUCAAGGGAAUGUGAGCACAGCAGAGGACUGCAGAAUGGUUGCAGCCACCUUGGACAAAGGAAGCUGCCUUACACUGAAUCAGACCAGUGGCCCAGCUAGUUCAGUACUGUCUACACUGACCGGCAGCUGCUCUCCAGGGUUUCAGGCAGGGUUCUCUCCCAGCCCCACCUGCAGAUGCCAGGGAUUGAACCUGGAGCAUUCUGCAUGCAAAGCAGACGCUCUACCACUGAGUUUUGGCCCUUCCCAUCCUUUCUCUUCUGCCCUCACCCUGUCCCCAUAGGGUGGCAGCUGCCCUACAAGGCAGCUUCUUGGGUGGGCAAGAGCAAUGGAGAAGGGUGCUGAUGUAAUAGAUAGAUAGAUAGAUAUACCUACCUUUUAUUGGCAUCGCAUACAACAUCCAAAACAAAUCAAUACAGAAUUACCACUUCCCCAGAGGCACAAAACAUCUGCUAAAAGAAAGGAGACAGAGCAGUCUAUCGUCACAUCUCUUGGUCUCCAGGGAGAUCAGAUGUCUGCAGCGUAUUUCAACCACAAAAAACCAAAUAGAGUUAUUUAGCCACUAACUUGGUGAGCUCCUGAUCAUUCCCCAGUAAUAGAAAAUGUAUGACCCCUGACUCUGGUUUCCAUUUGGGGAUACAGGGUUGAUCUAGAAAUUGCUGGCGGAGAUCAGCAUACAGUUUACAAUUGAGAACCAUAUGUGUGAGGGUUUCCACCAGGUGGUCUUCACAUGGGUGCUGAUGUGGGCGCCCACCUUCCAGCAGCUAACUGGUGCCACCUCUGUGACAGGGAAGAUCUAAAACCAAUGGUUGGGGAACGCUUCUAAACGUGCACACCUUAGGUGAACAUUGGUGGCCCUGAUCCUGUUUCCAUGUCGAGAUUUACUGUAUUGGCAGAGUUGUCAUUCUCCUAACGCCCUUUGCAGUAGACAGCUAUGGUGGCACCUUGUUUUUAUUUUAUUUUAAGCCAAACAGAUCCCCCCCCCUUGGCUAAAGAAAUAGCACCGAUAGCUUCUUGCCUAAAUCUCCCUCUGCAGGAUUACCAGGCCAUCGUGGAUGCUGAGUGGAACAUCUUGUACGACAAGCUUGAUAAGCUCCACAAGUCAGGGGCCAAAGUCAUUCUCUCCAAGCUUCCGAUUGGCGACGUGGCUACCCAGUACUUUGCUGACCGGGACAUGUUCUGUGCCGGCCGAGUCCCUGAAGAAGAUCUCAAGAGGACCAUGAUGGUGAGGUUUCCCCCGUUCGCUUUCCCAGGUUGUUGGCCAGGUGCUUGGGGCUGCCCUGCCUAUGCAACUAGCCUGAGCAGUUGCCUUGGGCGGCAGCCCUGUUAGAGGAACUGGUGAAGCAGCACAGGGGAGAGAGAGAGGUGGGCCUGGACCCCUUGCAAGCCGCUAGUUGCUGAGCUCAGUUCUUGGACAUGGAGCGCAGCUGCAGAGAGCAGCAAAACGCCUGUACAGUGGUACCUCUGGUUGCGAACGGGAUCCGUUCCGGAGGCCCGUUCGCAACCUGAACAGAACGCAGUCCGCUUCUGCGCAUGCGCGUGGCAUCAUUUUACGCGUCUGCACAUGUGCGGGUGGCGGAACCCGAAAGUAACCCGUUCCGUUACUUCUGGGUCACCACAGGACGCAACCUGAAAACGCUCAACCUGAAGCAAACGUAACAUGACUGUAUGCUAUUCUGUUACCAUGGGACGGAAUGUCUUCCAUUUGUGCUUGAAAUUGUGAGGGGGGUGUGUGUGUGCGCGCCUCCCAACAUUUCUGUUCCUUUAUUGCAAUUUGCAGUGGUUGCUCUUGCUAUCCCCUUCCAUUUGUUUAGGGUUUAUUGCCUUGAUUAAUCCCAGGACAUUGAGGGAUGCCGUUUUUAAUAUAAAGCUUGGGACCAGUUUACUUGCAGGAUCACCUUACUGGUUAUAUACUCACUCGACCGCUUCAAUCUGCAGAACUGGCGCUCUCACAGGUGCCUCACAGUACUUGCUCUGCAUUUAUAAGAAGUAGAUCUUUUAGUGUGGCAUCACCAGCGCUUUGGAACUCCCUGUUUAAUUCUGAUAAAGAAUUUUGCAACGCUGCCCUGUUAAAGGGGUAAAGAGUGCUUUGUUAUUACCAUAUUGACCCAAAUAUGAACCACACUUUUUCCCCCAAAUUCGGACCGUAAAAAUUUAAAGUGUGGCUUAAACUUGCGACCUUACAAAAAAUGGCUUUUAUGGUAUCACUGCUGAAACAUACAUAUGGUAAAACGGAACAUUUGCCAUUUACAGGUGUGAGUGUCUCAGGAAUUUUAAGGGAGUGGCUUAUAUUCGGGUAUUGUCUUUUUUUCUCCCCCCCCCCCCAAAUUUUAAAGGUGCAGCUUAUUUGCGGGUGUGGCUUAUAUUUGGGCCAAUACGGUAUUUAUUGAAUUUAUAUCCUGACCUUCCUCCCAAUGCAUCCCAGGCCAUUGAUGUGGAAUGAAUAAGUCAAUUUAAUAGGCAGACUAUUAUUUUGUAGUGAUGCUUAUAUAUGAAAACGACAUUCUCUUAAUGGGGGGUGGAGGGAGCGGAGCAGCAAACCUAGUCAACAGGGCUCGGUUUUCGCUUGUUUGAUGCUAGAUCAGUAGUUCUCUAAAAUGGUCUCUUUCCCCAUGCACUGUAGGCCUGCGGUGGAUCCAUUCAGACCAGCGUAAAUUCCCUGACCGAUGAGGUCCUUGGGCGUUGCGACCUCUUCGAGGAGACUCAGAUUGGAGGCGACAGGUAAAGGCAGCCUGGCCAGGAUGGCGGAGGCACAGGACAAGCUUUGGAGUUGCCUUGCUUGCUUUUAAUUUACACACAUUUGGGGGGUUUCUUGACGUGGUUGGACGUAAAUAUGGGUCUGAAUCUGCCCUUUCCUCAGAGGGCAUCUCUGCUAAGGCGUGGCGCGGCUGUGAUCCCCAUUGACACUAAGACACGCUUCCCCCUUUCUCUGGCAGGUACAACUUCUUCACAGGCUGCCCGAAGGCCAAGACCUGCACGAUAAUCCUGCGUGGAGGGGCGGAGCAGUUCAUGGAGGAGACGGAGCGUUCUCUCCACGAUGCCAUCAUGAUUGUUAGGAGAGCAAUCAAGGUGCGGGUUGAGCAGCUAGGCUGACUUGGGGUUCCGUAGCCCUCCUGGAUGUCUUGAUCAACCAGAGAUCAUGGCCCAGCCAGAGGGGCUCCUGUAAACUGGGAGUGUCUCUCUGCCUUCCCAGUUCAGAUGUGCCACAGCUUAAGGUGCAGGACCACCUGCCUGUCAAUCAUAUGACAUAAUAGUGAUUCGGUUGGGGGAGGCGGGAGAUAGCCUAAUCCAGCAGAGAGCAGGAUUGAACUUCCUGCAUGUCAGCUGAUGCACUGGGAGUUAAGUUCUGCUUGGUCACUGUGUGAGCAGCUGAUCAAGGCACAGUGCUACCUUUUGGACCUCACCUGGAACACCGUCCAGUUCUUGAUGCCACAGUUGUAAGAAGGGUAUUGACAAGCUGGAAUGUAUGCAGAGGAGAAGAUGAUAAAGGAGCUGGGUACAGUGGACGCUUGGGUUGCGAACGUGAUCCGUGCGGGAUGCACGUUCGCAAGCUGCAGUGGUGCGUCUGCAUACGCGCGGGUUGCGAUUUGGUGCUUCUGCACAUGCACAAAGAGUGAUUUAGUGCUUUGCGCAUGCGCAACCCCCAAAACCCGGAAGUAACCCGUUCCGGUACUUCCGAGUUUCAGCGGGUCCGUAACCUGAAAAAACGCAACCCAAAGCGUCUGUAACCCGAGGUAUGACUGUAUGUUUAGCCUGGAAUAGAAGGGACCAAGAGGAGAUAUGAUAGCCAUCUUCAAAUCUCUAAAAGGCUGUCCCAUGGAAGAUGGCGCUAACUUGUUUUCUGCUGCUCCGGAGGGUUGGACCUGAACCAAUGGAUUCAAGAUGCAGGAAAGGAGAUUCGGACUGAACAUAUGGAAGACCUUUGACUGUAAGAGCUGUUGGACUCUGGAAUGGUCUCCCUUAGAAGGUGGUGGACUCUUCUUCCUUAGAGGGUUUUCGGCAGAGGAUCAAUGGCCAUCUGUCAGAGGUGCUUUAGCUGAGAUUUGCAGAUUGCAGGGGGUUGGACUAGAUGACCCUUGGUUCCCUUCCAACUCUACAAUUCUCUGAUUCCUUGGCUGUUCCAGAAAGCCUCUUCCAAAAUUCUGCCGCUUGCGCUUAAACCCAUAUGUGGCAUGUGGAGCCUUUGAAUAGCUUCUCUUCGUGGUAGAAGGUUUUUUUGGGGGGGAACUGGCUGUGGGUAGAUUUCUGGGCCUUGUAUUGCCAUGAGGAUUGGGGUUGUAAAUGGGGCAGGAGAAGGCAGGCAGGCAGGCAGGCAAGCUGCAGGGAAGCUAUUGUGUGACAUGCAUAGAAAUCCACACACAUAGCUCCUCUCAUCUCUGAGCUUUGGCAAACAGCUCUUCUCACGCAUCCCUACCUCAAGAGCUGGAAACACGUAUCCUUGGAAACAGGACUCCAAAGGAUCCUACGUGGGGGGAGCACAGAGCCCUGUGCUGGGACCCAAAGGACCAGCUGUGGCAUCAAAACGAGGCUCUCUGCAGAUGAAAGUCUGGCCACCUGGACCUUCUUGAGAGCCAUCUGCUCCUCCCAGCAGCACCUCGGUCUGUUGUUUGCUGAAGCAAGCUGGGAAUGGGGGAGACAUGGCCAAGUGAUCAAACAGCCAAAGAGCCCUUCAAUGAGAGUGGCUGCCUUCUGGCUACUGGCGUCCCCCAAAGCAGCCUCUCUGUUCGUGUCCGCCACAUGCCAGAGGAUGCUGGAACUGCAGCCUGUUGGCCCCACGUCUCAUCUAAGGAGAGCAGCAAAGCUGUCAGUCUGUUGCUGCGUCUUGGGCAUGCUUUAUGCGUGGCUUCAGCACUCGCCUAAAAAUGUGAAAUCCUGCAGGCACAGCGUGGGAGGGAACCCCGAUUUCAGCUUUCUCCCGAAGACACUGACUGCCGCGUAAUGUGUGAAUGGACUCUCCAGGGGUAUUGUAAAGGGACUUCUGCUAACAGAGUUCCCUUAACUCUGGGUCAGGUGUGCUCUUCCCAUGUUCGUUUUGAUGCAGCCUAACAUCUUCAGUCCAGGGAGCUCCCAGAGCUCAAGAAGUUCAGCUGGGAUCCUGUGUCCUUUGCUAAAAUAAUAUACGCAUAUGCCACAUACUUUUAGAACACGCUAGCAAUCCAUCUUUGUGGAUUGCUAACCAUGAAUCUAUCCCACUCUUCCUAGUCUCUGCUUAGAGGCCUUCCCAUGCUGAAUUAGCCUUCCUACUGAAGAUUAUUUUGUUGUUGUGUUUUUUGAUUUGAUGUGCGUGGCUUAGGGACUUUUUAUUAAAUGUACUAAGCAGUACAGUAAAUAGUCCGUGUCUACUUUUAAAGUAUGCAAAACACGAGCUAGUUUUGCAUAUCAUUCUCUGCAUGGAUUUCAGAUUUCUUUAGCUUUGGAUUACAUGCCAGCUGUGCCUCCCUCACUGCCAGCAGGCUGGUGGAUAGCAUUGGCUUGUGUGAACUCGACAGACGUGCCGUCGCUCCUUCCAAACGGUGUCAGCCAGAUCCGUGCGAGGCAAACUGCCAGUGGCGUCUAUGAGAACAGCAUAAAUUAGACCUGUUGCGAUAACCGACUUUUUUUGAGAGAGAGAGAGAGGUUACCUUUCCCCGCUCAAUUGUGUGCUUCCAGAAUGACUCGGUCGUCGCUGGUGGUGGAGCUAUAGAGAUGGAGAUCUCCAAGUACCUUCGAGACUAUUCCAGAACCAUUCCAGGCAAGCAGCAGCUGCUGAUUGGAGCCUACGCCAAAGCCCUGGAGAUCAUUCCGCGGCAGCUCUGCGACAACGCCGGUUUCGAUGCCACCAACAUCCUCAACAAACUCCGAGCCAAGCACGCCCAGGUGAGCUACCUUAGCCAGGCUUGGAGGGGCCGUUCUGUGGCCUUUUCAGAGCAGCAGAUUCUGCUUCUAUCACUUCCCAGCAGUGGGCAGGUUGGAUACUGCUGCAUCUUCAUGGCAGGCUUCCUGGCGGUUCUGCUCAGGGUAGAUAGGAACUACAUGCUGCUUCUCUUCUCGUUGCAUGCAAACACAAAAGUCAAGGUCCACAACGUUUUCCUUUUAUUUACUUAAUGAAAUUUGCGUGCUGCUUCAACUCAUCAGCGGGUUACAAAGAAUGUGGAAUAUGUAUAUAAAUUUCUACGCCAGUUUCCUAAACAUGGGUCUCAAUUUGUUUUUGUACUACAAUUCCCACCAUCCCUGCUAGCUAGGGAUGAUGGGAGUUGUAGUCCAAGAGCAACUGGAGAGCCAAGUUUGGGAAACACUGGUGUAGAGCAACUUGAAGUAAAACUUGAUAUGGACAAAGCAAUAGCACAAUAUAUGUUGUAUAAUAUAUAGGCAACUCCCCAUUUACGCAAGGGUUACUUUCUGAAGCACCACGUGUUUUAAGUGAAACCACAUAUAUUGGGAACACCCUUGAAAAAGCCUGCAAACACCACAUUCUUCCUCCAAACCUCCUUGACCUCCUCACCGGGUGUGUUCUGUCUGCCCCUCAGGGUGGCAAGUGGUACGGCGUGGAUGUGAACAACGAAGACAUCGCCGACAACUUUGUGGCCUGCGUGUGGGAGCCGGCAGUCGUGCGCAUCAACGCCCUGACAGCGGCAUCCGAGGCCGCCUGCCUUAUCGUGUCUGUGGAUGAGACCAUCAAGAACCCCCGCUCCACGGUGGACGCCCCUCCUCCGGGCCGCGGCAGAGGGCGAGGCCGGCCCCAUAACCACUGAGGGGCAGGCGUGGCCAGCAGCGCAAGACACGGGGAGCCCCUCUCUUAACAAGACCCGGUCCCAGGACCCCUUAGAAAAAUGCUUUCCCCAUUGGCAGUCCUCAAACAACCUUCACACUGGGGGGAAGGGGGAGUGAGGCUCUCGCAGUAUUUCUGCUCUGCUCGCAGUGGGUCUCCUCCUGCCGUAGUCUAUGAAACGGGAGCAAACUCUGGGAAAUCCCAGAUGGUGCGUCCUCCAACAUUCAGGUCCAGCCAUCCUUGGUGGUUCCUGACCUUUCUCCCCUCCUGGGUUUCUCCAUAGCCUUCAACUUCUACUCUCAAGGGGCCCCCUGGAUCUCUGCAUUGCUGGCACGGCGCUUGUCUGCUGAAGGAGCCAGGAAUGUGUUGUAUUUAUUGGUGGUUUUUUUUUCUACUGGGGGUUCAAACCCAGCCAUGAACACAAUAAACAAUUAAAAAAACACA